UUUAAUUCAGAAAAUCGUCGUUAGAGUGCACUACGUGUUUUGCACUCGUAUGUUUUACGUUCUGUGAUCAUCUCUUAAUGUCAGAUAUAAGGAGUUGAAAAUGUGUGAAAACGAAGGAGAACCAGUUAGAAAGAGAUAUAGAAGAGAAGUUGAAAGUGAAAGUGAUGAUGAUUAUGUUCCCUAUGUACCACUUAAAGAAAGAAGAAAACAGCAGCUGCAUACACUUGGUCGUUUAAAUCUAACCUUACAAGAAGAAGAAAGUAAAUCAAACAGUGCCAUAGAAGAAGAAAUUGAUGAUGAUCAAUAUGGUAGAAAGUCUAAUAUUAGCUUAUUAGACCAACAUAAUGAAUUAAAAAAGAAAGCUGAAGCUAGAAAGGAAAGUGCUUUGGAAAAGCAAUUAAAGGAAGAAGAAAAAAUUUUAGAAAGUGUUGCUGAGAAAAGAGCAUUGAUGGGAGUAGCAGAAUUAGCCAAAGGAAUACAAUAUGAAGAACCAAUUAAAACUGGGUUUAUUUCAGGUCAAAGACAAACAUUACUGUUUUCUGCAACAAUGCCAAAGAAAAUUCAAAAUUUUGCUAGAAGUGCAUUAGUGAAGCCAAUUACUGUAAAUGUUGGGCGUGCAGGUGCUGCAAGUAUGGAUGUGAUACAAGAAGUAGAAUAUGUCAAACAAGAAGCUAAGAUUGUGCAUUUAUUGGAUACUCUUCAAAAGACAGCACCACCAGAAAUGAAAUUUCCUAAAGGAAUUUUAAAUGCUUUAAAAAAGAAAGGAAUAUCGAAGCCAACUCCAAUUCAGAUGCAAGGUCUUCCUGCUGUUUUAUCAGGUAGAGACAUGAUAGGAAUUGCCUUUACUGGAUCUGGAAAAACACUUGUAUUUGUUUUACCUAUUAUAAUGUUUUGUCUUGAACAAGAAAUCAAACUUCCAUUUCUUAAAAAUGAAGGACCUUAUGGUUUGGUCAUCUGUCCUUCACGUGAAUUAGCCAAGCAAACUGAUGAAAUAAUACGAUAUUAUACUCAGUGUCUAGCAAAUGAUGGAAUGCCCACUUUAAGAUGUUGUUUAUGCAUUGGUGGAACUUCUGUUCGAGACCAAUUGGAUGUUGUCCGGAGUUAUAUAGCCAAUUUUACCUGCUUUUAUUGGGUGCAAGAAUUAGGACUGCUUGCUGGGAGAUUUAAGGUUUUAAUAUUUGCAGAGAAGAAACAAGAUGUUGAUGCUAUUCAUGAAUAUCUUCUUUUGAAAGGAGUAGAAGCUGUUGCUAUACAUGGAGGAAAAGACCAAGAUGAACGUUCACGUGCUGUAGAAGGUUUUCGCAAAGGAGAAAAAGAUGUUCUUGUUGCUACAGAUGUUGCAUCAAAAGGAUUGGAUUUCUGUGAUAUCCAACAUGUUAUUAAUUAUGAUAUGCCUGAAGAUAUAGAAAAUUAUGUUCAUAGAAUUGGAAGAACUGGGCGUUCAGGGAAAAAAGGAAUUGCAACUACUUUUAUCAAUAAAGCAUGUGAUGAAUCUGUUUUGUUGGAUCUCAAACAUCUGCUAAUAGAAGCUAAACAAAAAAUUCCACCAUUCUUAGCUACUCUUCAGUCUGAAAGUGAAAAAUAUCUUGAACUUGGAGAUGAAAGAGGCUGUUCUUAUUGUGGUGGCUUAGGACACAGGAUAACAGACUGUCCAAAACUGGAAGCCAUGCAGAAUAAACAGGCUUCGAAUAUUGGCCGCAGGGAUUAUUUGGCAAGUAACAGUGCAGACUGGUAACAAGACAUGCAAAGUUUCAGACAAGUUUAUGUAUGUAAACAAGUGUACAUUUUAUUAAAUGAGAGUAAUUAUAAAUUUGUUUAACUAUUUUAUUUGAGUUUCACAAUUUAUUCAGCCAUGUGGACCACCAUAAUUCACACUUUCAAGUGGUGUUUUAAAAAUUUUGAAACUAUCUACUUUCUUAUCUACUGUACAUUUUGAUCUGCUGAGAGAGUCUAAUACAGUGGUUUCCAAAGUGGGUGCUGCUGCCCCUGUGAGCAAUGAGUAAAUCUAGGUUAGUGAAAAGAACCAAGUGAGUUGCAGGGAGCAAUGGAGGCAGAGUAUUAACCAAAGAGUUACCAUGGGUGAGUGUUGGGUCACUGACAAAUCUUUCCCUUUUCUCUAUUAAAAUGGGUAAGAAGAAACAUUGCAUUUAAUGGAUUCCAGAUGUGCAGAAAAAUGUACACUGCUGGCCAAGUAAAAUGCAACACUUGCAAUAUCUAGAGUCCUACAUGGUGUUGCAUUUUACUUGUCCAGCCAGUACUUUAAGGACACAAAGUAUGAGGUUCAUAGAAAAGUUUUUCUUCAAGAUUUUCUCACACAAGGAAAAAUGGGGCGUUGGGUAUAAGUUUAUGGAGCCAAGUGCACAGUGGCUGAAAAAGUUUGAGAAUCACCGGUCUAAUAUUUUAACUCUUACAACGAUGGACAAGUUAUCUGUUUCAAUACACUAAAAUUUAAAUAACAUUUUCAAUAGAUUA